UGUGCAUAAAUUGAAUGCUAAGGUAAUAUUUUGGUAUAAAAUGUGAAGUUUGAAUUUUAUUUAAAGUUAUUUCCCUUCGAAUAUGGUGGAUUAGUUUGCCGGUUUCCAUGACAACGUUAUCUAAUUUUACACCACAACAUAUAAAUUUUAUACAAGAAAAAUAAUUUUAAAUUAUUUACAAUAAAAAUAAAAAUAAACUUAUUAGAAAAGAAAAAAAAAUGAAAGACCGGAAUCGUUAUAAUUUAACUUUAUAGAGGGCGAUACUUGUCUCCUAUUAAAAUCGGGAAAUGUUUAGCAGACGACCAUAAUGGAGAUGGAGACGAGUUGCCGUGGUUGUUAUGUGGUUUGUUCGGUCGAACAUCAGAAAAACUGUUUGGAUUUGUGAUAAUGUGAUGCGACAAUGAUAAUCGGUAAACGAUGCACGAAUUUAAACGCACACCUUUCCGGCUGCAUUACGAUGUUUUCGAAGAAAUUGGAAGUGGUCAGUUUGCAGUCGUUCGAAGAUGCGUUAACAGAUCGACCGGAGUCGAGUUUGCAGCCAAAUUUAUCAGGAAAAGGAAAACCUCUACAAGUAGGAGAGGCGUACCGAUGGAAGACAUCGUUCGAGAAGUGGAAAUUCUGUGCCAGAUGAACCACGACAACGUCAUCAGCUUACACGAUGUUUACGACAAUGGUUCAGAAGUCAUUCUCGUUAUGGAACUUGUUAAAGGUGGCGAAUUGUUUGAUUUCAUUUCUCAAAAGGAGAGAUUAAGUGAAGAAGAAGCAUCUGCAUUUAUUAAACAGAUACUUCUAGGUUUGGAACAUCUUCAUAAUAAAAAUAUUGCUCAUUUAGAUUUAAAACCAGAAAAUGUGAUGUUGUUAAGUAAAAAUAGUCAACAUAUCAAAUUAAUAGAUUUUGGAUUAUCAAGAAAAAUUACUGUAAAUUCCGACAUAAGAGAAUUAAUGGGAACUCCAGAAUUUGUUGCUCCAGAAAUUGUAAAUUAUGAGCCGGUAUCACUUGCAACAGAUAUGUGGAGUGUUGGAGUUAUUACUUACAUUUUACUUAGUGGUGCUUCUCCAUUUCUUGGUGAUAAUAAGCAAGAAACAUUUGCUAACAUAUCAGCAGUUGAUUAUCAGUUUGAUGAUGAAUAUUUUAUUAAUACAAGUGAUUUGGCAAAAAAUUUUAUUAAAGAUUUGCUCAUUAAAGAUUCCAGAAAACGAGGAACAGUCAAACAAUGCUUGGAGCAUCCCUGGAUUAAGCCUCGAGAUUUUACUGAAGUGGUUGUCCGAAAGAAGAAUGAAAUAAAUAUUGAUAAUUUUAAGACAUAUUUAGCUAGACAGAGAUGGAAGCAUUCUUUGCUGGUUAUAACUUUAUGUAACAAAUUGUCACGUAGUGCCAAGUUACGCAGUCAGAGCAGCGUUAACAUGAUAGAAUAUCAUUCUGGCAUCCGAGAUAUGCCAUUCAUAAACAAGGAGCAAGAUGAAAAUUUUGUUGUGGCAGCGUUAUUUUGUGCUGUGGAAGAGGGAAAUCUGGCUGGAUUGGAAGAAUUGUUUUCUAUGUCUAAUAUUGAUGUUAAUCAAUGUAAUAGGCCUCGAGAUUUUACUGAAGUGGUUGUCCGAAAGAAGAAUGAAAUAAAUAUUGAUAAUUUUAAGACAUAUUUAGCUAGACAGAGAUGGAAGAUAUAUGGAUAA